AUGCUGGUCCGGCGGCUCCCGGUCCUGUCUGCACUGCUCGUCCUGCUGCUGGCUGCGGGUCGCUGCACGGCGGCUGCGCUGCUCCGGAGCUCCGGUACCCGCGCGGACGGACGUCUGGACAGCCGCAGCGUCCUGGAGCUGGUCGGUCGUUACUCCAAAGCGAGAGCGGAGACAACGGCGGGAAUCACCGGACACGUUAAUAAAGCACCGGAGAGGAAGAGCAGGUCCAGCACCGGACUGGAGACUCAACCUCGAGAUCCUCGACACAAAGAGAAGAUCAUCAAAAUCCUGACAGGUCCUCUUUCCUUCAACCCAAAGUGCAGGAAACAUUUCAACAGACUGUACCACAACACCAGGGACUGCACAACACCUGCCUAUUAUAGACGAUGUGCUCGCCUGCUGAUCCGAUUGGCCAACAGCCCUCGCUGCAUAGAGAGAUAA